GAUAAUCAGAACAAUAUAUGUGGACCUUUGACUUGGUAUUCCAACAACGUAGAGUUUUUUCUCUCUCUACGCUACACAGUUUAGUUCCCUUCGACUUAGACUUGGACUUCUCAGAAUGAGUCUCACGCAAUUCGCAAUGGUUGAGGAGUUGGCUUUCCUUGUUAAAGACAAUCUUCCUUGCAAGCACCUUGUUCUUUCUAUGGAAGAAGCCUUUAUAAAUUUUCUUCAGGAUGAUCCAAGCUCAGAUGGGGUGCUGGAGCUGGAACCUAUGAAUGCAUACAACCGCCUUCUCUUGCAUCGCCUUGCAGAUAUUUUUGGGUUUUCCCAUCAUUCUGUUGGUGAAGGAGAUGAUCGGCAUUUAAUUUUGGAGCAUUGUCCAGAGACAUCGAUACCUUCUGUCCUUGUCAGUGAUUUAUUGUGGCAUUAUGAUGAACUUCAGCCUCUGACAACAUCACAUCAAAUAUUAAGGAGAAACAAAGCUUCCCCAGUGUCCAAGGCAGAAACAACUACUGUUCAAUCUUCACUUGAGGAAAGAGAAGCAGCUUAUCUGGCUGCCCGUGAGCGCAUCUUUACAAGAUAUGAUAGCGACACAAAUGAACCCACGAAGCAGAAGCCCCGAAGCAUUCCUGUGGUUGCUCGUCGUAUGAUUGCACAUGCUCUUGGACGAAGAAUCAAUCCAUCCAAUCAAGUGGUCAGUCCUAGGGAUUCUACAGAAUAUGGAGAGCAAACUGAUGAUAUGACUAUUCAAGAGAAGGAACAAUGUAAUAAUAUCCAUUUAAGCAUGAAAACUCAUAAAGAGAACCCAUAUCCUCGUAAACCAAAAGUCGGUAAUUUAAAUGAUAGUGCGUCAUUGCAUACUGAAAAGAAGGUGGCACUGAGACCAGCUGACAAAACACCCACUAAGUCUGGAAUAUCUCGACCACGAAGAAGUGAGAUAGGCGUGCACAAAGACAAUUUGAAAGAGGAGCAUGCAGGAGCUGCAAAGAGAAUGUUUGCUCAUGCCUUGGGACUUCAACCUGCAAAAGAUGGAAAGUGAAAUUUAUUAAACCAAGUUUUGAUGUUGCAAAGUGGUAUCUAUGAUGGCUUGGUAUCUCUAGAUGAGGAGCACAUAAGGCUUUUCUUUUCAAAACCAUGGAUCAUCAAAUGCACCCACAUAUUUUCUUAAGCUUCUGAUGAUUAUAUUCUCUCACAAGACGGUUGGCAGGAGGGUGAAUAUCUGGUAGUUUAAUGAUUGGUCACUCUGGCUGCAUAUGCAAUUAUUUAUCCUGAGAGCGCAAGCUGGUCAGUACAUCAAGCUCGGAAAACUGGGGACAAGCUUUCACCAAAUUUCAAGAAGUCAUGAGAGCUUGGAUGGAGUUGGUCAUCAAUCUUUUAUCAAGAAAGUACUACUUUCUUGGGGGCAAUAUAUUCUUGUGGAGUUUGAUUUCGUUCCAGGGCCUGUUUGUUUUGUUUAUUGUUGCUUUUAGGGUGAUAGUGUCUAGACCUGGUUUAUCACCUUCUCGACCUGUUUUUUUUUAGAACAUGGGAAACAUUUAUAUUAAUAAACAACAUUAUGUUGUGUUGAUCUGUUGUGUUAUAAAUGUCAUGUUGUAUAAUAUUUAUAUUCA